AUGGUGGAAGCCGAACACGGAACUCCCACAUGGAAGUUCACCCAAUGCUUUGGCGACAAGGGCGACGUGGAGGACAUCACGGAAGCCGACAUCAUCUCCACGGUGGAAUUUGACCACACGGGCAACUACCUAGCGACCGGCGACAAAGGUGGGCGUGUCGUGUUAUUUGAACGAAAUGAGACGAAGAAGACAUGCGAGUAUAAAUUUCACACCGAAUUCCAAUCCCACGAGCCAGAAUUCGACUACCUCAAAUCCCUCGAGAUAGAAGAAAAGAUCAACAAGAUCAAAUGGUGCAAGCGCCAAAAUGCAUCCCACUACCUCCUCUCCACCAACGAUAAGACGAUCAAGCUAUGGAAAGUCUUCGAGAAGUCUCUCAAAGUCGUCGCCGAGAACAACCUGUCCAAUGAGUUGACCCCGGCUGGCGUUCCAGGUGGAGGGGCGCCUCGUCCAUCGCGCCCCCAUUUCACGGAUGCCUCGCAACUCAAGCUACCCCGGAUGACCCAUCACGAUACCGUCGUAGCAGCUGUGCCGCGACGGACGUAUGCCAACGCUCAUGCCUAUCAUAUCAACAGCAUCUCGGUCAACAGCGACCAAGAGACUUUCAUCAGCAGUGAUGAUCUCCGUAUCAACCUGUGGAACCUCAACAUCCAGGACCAAAGCUUCAAUAUUGUCGACAUCAAGCCAGCGAAUAUGGAGGAGCUUACCGAAGUCAUCACUGCCGCGGAGUUCCAUCCCAUCAGCUGCAAUUGGUUCAUGUAUGCCAGCUCGAAAGGCACAAUCAAGUUGGCGGACAUGCGUGAGAGCGCACUCUGUGACCAGCAUGCAAAGCAAUUCGAACAAGAAGAAGACCCCUCUACCCGAUCAUUCUUCUCCGAAAUCAUCUCCUCUAUUUCCGACGUCCGGUUCUCACACGAUGGCCGAUAUAUCCUCUCGAGAGACUACCUGACAGUCAAGAUUUGGGAUGUCAAUAUGGAAAGACAGCCUGUCAAGACGAUACCGAUCCACGAGCACCUGAGGCCACGGUUGUGCGACACAUACGAGAACGACAGCAUUUUCGACAAGUUUGAAGUGGUGUUCAGUGGAGAUGGCAAGAAUGUCAUGACUGGAAGCUACAACAACAAUUUCAUGAUCUAUCCCUCUGACCCGGAGCAAGAGACGGAAGUGGUACUCCAAGCAGACAAAUCGGCCUUCAAGGCUAAGAAAGUUGGAGUGCCGACUCCCAUCAAUUCCACCAGCCCCAACGGGAACAAGAAGGGAAAUUCAAGAGCAGCCAGCCCCGCCGCUACCGGAAGCAGAAUGAGGAAAGAGACGGAUGCCGACCAGAUUGACUUCAACAAGAAGAUUUUACACAUGAGCUGGCAUCCAUUCGAGGACAGUAUUGCUAUUGCUGCCACGAACAACCUGUUUGUCUUCUCUGCCCUAUAG